AUGAGUUCAUCAAGGAUACCUUAUAGUAAGAGCCAGCAAGCCCUGAGUGAAAGAGAUUCGAGACGAGGGUACGAUAGUCGAGGAAGUUGGGUUCCAGACGAGGCAAGAUUGGCCCCUGGAGACGCGAACAGACGGGCAUACGACGAAGGCGCACCGCACUAUUAUACUACAAGUGGCACGACUAGCGACGCAGAGCAGUACCAAAUCGACUGCUAUUCCAUCACACAGGAAGACGAAGAAAUGUCGAAGCAAGUCCUCUUCUACGGCAAGGAACACCAGCUCUGGGAAGCCAUUACCUACUCCGAAAUCAAGUUCUUGACAGACGACGCUUUCGACGAAGACAAACGGAAGCAAGCAGCUUACUUCGCCUCCCUGUUCCGUGGCACCGCACUACGUUGGCUGGCAGACGAGAGACAACGAGACCCGAUCAUUCUGAACAACUACGAGAAUCUCAAAGCAACUGCGAUCUCUGCGUUCGCAAAAAGUGACAAAGCUCGCCGGCAGGAAUCAAAAAUACAACAAUUUCGGUGCCUUCUACUCGCUCCCAGACGGCUUUCAUCAGACAUCGGCAGAAGGUCGUUUUUAGAAAGGAGAUUCCUGACCGACUGGCUACGCCAUCGCGGCAUUGCUUACGAAAAACAAGUUCCUCCCGAUCAAAUCUACAACACGAGUCGUGGCGCAAUUUGCAAUCCUUCGCGCAGAGAGACAAGAACCACGAAAUCGAGCAAGAGCAAGAUGAAUGCAGACAGGCCAACUCAGGUGAAACAUGGCAAAAUACCGUAUCCUGCUACUGACGAACACGUGGUUAUGGUUCUACCUUAUCCACGAGACAACCAAGGUCAGCCGGGACGGCAAUUCCAGUGGCCUCCUCACAACCCGCGCAAUGAACUCCCUGAUGCAGCAGAAGCUCCAGGUGUUAAGUUUUGGACGGCCAAAGACGUAACCGAGGAUUCAUUUCCAAAUUGUUCGACAAAGGAUCACCAUCACUCGUCAGGUUCUGGACUUAGGGGCAUUUAUUUUGCGAUGCUCGUUGAGAACCGGAUCCGCAAGAAGCAGCUUGCGGCUUUCCGAAGCGACCCUCAGAAUGAGGCCCGAGACGUCGAUUUUGGAUACUGGGUUAAAAACCGCGACGGCAGCGAUGCCAUCGUCAAAGUCCCCCGGGAGGUCUACGAUCAGGUGCCUGAAGAGUAUCGCGUCAACGGCGACACCCUUGUUUAG